CACAUGUAGACGGAGCUUACCAGAAACUCAUCCUUCUUGUCUUAAUGCUGGAGUUAAACCAUUGAAGGAUGAAUUGAUUGCCUUCCCCAAAGUGACGUAUAUAUCUAAAGAACAAACGCAAAAUCCUAACGAUCAAAAUGGUAAAUAUACCUCUUUGACAACCUCAAGAUCUUCGUCUUUAACUGAUUCAGCUAACGGAAAGGAAACCAGCUUGAAAAAUACAAAUGAACCUUUAAUGAAGCCCACCACAAACUUUCCAAAAGAAUGCGUUCCUGCAAAACAGAUGCAACACCUUAACUCUCCCAUAGCAAUACCAAGAGUCAACAGCACUGUUGAACUGCAGAGGACUUUAGAUUGUCGGCCCUCAACCUCCGAUGCUCAUCUUCUCUCUCUUCCUGAGUCUGGAGUUAAAUCACAAAGCAGCUGUAACAGCCAGAACAGCCAAAAAGGAAACAAGAUUGACGAACACGCAGACAUGGAAUUCUUUAUUAGGAGAAAUUCAAAUGAGGCUCUUUUUGAGAGAAGCGAAAAUGAAAACUUCUGGACUGGAAGUGCCAAGAUCCAGGAUAAUGUCAUGGUCCGCAAGUCAAUUUUAGCAGAUGCUGCUAAAGUGAAGAAGCUGCAGCAGAGCGGAGAGGCGUUUGUACAGGAUGGCUCCUGCAAUAACAUCGCACCUCACCUGCAUAAAUGCAGGGAGUGCCGCCUGGACAGUUACCGAAAGAACAAAGAUCAGAGAGAGUCCACUGUCUUCUGUCGAUUCUUUCACUUCAGAAGGUUGCAGUUCAAUAAGCAUGGGUUACUGCGUGAGGAAGGCUUCUUAACUCCGAACAAGUAUGACCCUGAGGCUAUUAGCUUGUGGCUGCCUUUGUCAAAAAACGUUGUGGGUCUGGAUCUGGACACAGCGAAGUACAUCCUGGCCAACAUUGGGGACCACUUCUGUCAGCUCGUAAUAUCUGAGAAGGAAGUUAUGUCUACGAUCGAACCACACAAACAGGUAGCCUGGAAGCGUGCAGUUCGUGGGGUUCGAGAAAUGUGCGACGUGUGCGACACCACAAUCUUCAACCUUCACUGGGUCUGCUCCAAGUGUGGCUUCGGUGUGUGCGUCGAUUGUUACAGGAUGAAGAAAAAAAGCCUCAAUGAAGAUGAUGACUCAGAUACUUUCUCCUGGUUUAAAUGUGUGAAGGGGCAGGUACAUGAGCCAGAGAAUCUAAUGCCUACACAAAUAAUUCCUGGAAAAGCACUCUAUGAUGUUGGUGAUAUUGUUCACUCUGUACGAACAAAAUGGGGAAUAAAGGCAAAUUGUCCCUGUGCAAACAAGCAAUUCAAAGCACUAUCAAAGCCAACUCUAAAGGAGGAUUCAAAACAGAACUUGGUACCUGGAGAGAGGACCAGCCUUCAGCAUACCAGCUUAGUCCUGAGCCCACAAGUCACUACACAUGAUCCUCCUGUAAAAUCAACAGUUGGAAGUAAACAAACUGCUUCAGUGAACACUUCUCCUUCAUUAAGUUGGCUAUCAAAUCUAACGAGUGGAAACGUGAAUAAAGAAAACAAAGAAAAACUCCUUGUACCCGUUUCAAAGAAUGAGAAUAAGCCUCUUCAGACACUCCCUAGUUUAGCCAAGCCUACUGCAGCCCUGCAGACGUUCAACAGUGCAAUAUUAACACCUGUAAGCAACAACAACACAGGUUUCUUGCGGAAUCUCCUGAAUUCUUCUGGAGGAAAGACAGACAACGGACUCAAGACUACACCCAAAAUCCUUGAUGAUAUUUUUGCUUCCCUGGUGCAAAACAGAACCAUUACAGACUUGCCUAGGAAACCUCAAGGACUGACUAUAAAGCCUACAAUAAUGGGCUUUGAUACGCCUCACUACUGGCUGUGUGAUAACCGCUUACUAUGUCUUCAAGAUCCCAACAAUGAAAGUAAUUGGAACGUCUUCAGGGAGUGCUGGAAGCAGGGACAGCCUGUAAUGGUGUCCGGAGUGCAUCACAAACUAAAUGCAGACCUCUGGAGACCAGAGUCCUUUAGGAAGGAAUUUGGCCAACAGGAAGUAGAUCUGGUUAACUGCAGGACCAAUGAAAUCAUCACUGGCGCUACUGUAGGGGAUUUCUGGGAUGGAUUUGAAGAUAUUUCAAGUCGUCUGAGGACAGAAGAGGGAGAGCCAAUGGUGUUGAAGCUUAAAGACUGGCCUCCAGGAGAAGACUUCAGAGACAUGAUGCCUUCUCGGUUUGAUGAUUUGAUGAAAAAUAUUCCAUUGCCAGAAUACACAAGGAGAGGCGGCAAGCUCAACCUUGCCUCUCGCCUUCCCAACUACUUCGUACGACCAGAUUUGGGCCCCAAGAUGUACAAUGCAUACGGCUUAAUAACACCAGAAGAUAGAAAAUACGGCACGACAAAUCUCCAUUUAGAUGUGUCUGAUGCAGCUAACGUAAUGGUUUAUGUGGGUAUCCCCAAAGGGCAGGCUGAUCAAGAAGAAGAAGUGCUUAAAACCAUACAAGAUGGCGAUUCUGAUGAACUGACAAUUAAGCGCUUCACUGAAAGUCGAGAAAAACCUGGAGCUCUGUGGCACAUUUAUGCUGCUAAAGAUACGGAGAAGAUCCGGGAAUUCCUUAAAAAGGUUGCUGAAGAACAAGGUCAAGAAAAUCCUGUCGAUCACGACCCUAUUCAUGAUCAAAGUUGGUACUUGGACAGAUCUCUAAGAAAACGCCUUCACCAGGAGUAUGGAGUUCAAGGCUGGGCUAUUGUACAGUUUCUAGGAGAUGUAGUUUUCAUUCCAGCAGGAGCUCCACACCAGGUUCAUAACUUGUACAGUUGUAUUAAAGUUGCAGAAGACUUUGUAUCCCCAGAGCACGUCAAGCAUUGCUUCUGGCUCACUCAGGAAUUUAGAUAUCUGUCACAUACACAUACAAACCACGAAGAUAAAUUGCAGGUGAAGAAUGUCAUAUACCACGCGGUUAAAGAUGCAGUUGGGAUACUGAGAGCGAACGAAUCCAGCCUUAGCAGACCAUAAACUAGAAAGCCUUAACCACACACUAUGAAACAGAAGCGCUGGCAGCUGUUUUAACUACUCAGUCAGGACCUCUGUGGACUUUGAGAUUAUCUGAAUGUUACCUCAUCUUCCUUUCAGCAGUACCAGAGGAUCGUGGUACUAUGUUCUGUGUAUUCUUCCAAUGUUUACAAACCUGAUAUGUAUAUGUAGUAAUAUGUAUGGACUGUGGCAUACUGUGAAUGCUCAGUUGCAAUAGAACUUUAUAUGGAGUUGCUCUCCAAACUGUACAAAAUACCUCCUAUAGAACUGUCGGAAACUAUUCCAAAUUACUCAUUUGAAAAAUAUUACCCGAGACUUGUAAAGCUCCAAUUUUUAAAAAUUUAUUUUAGGGUGGGAGGAAGUAUGGAGUCACCAAUUUAAUAACCGAUUUACAUAAAAAUAAACUAAGAAUGCAGUUCUGUAAUUUCACAUUAACAUAGAACUAGCAUUUAAAAGUAGCUUUAAGCUAUUGUAUAGUAACAUAGAGGUGGGGAUUAACCAUCUUUAGGUAAAUGUAUUUAAAUUUCUAAAUGUUAAAAGAAACUUUUAAUCAAAUGUCUUCUGUUUGAAACUGAUCUUUAAUUUGAACUUAUGUUUGAUUCUCUGGUUUUUAACACUGAAUGGUCUACAUAAAAUUCUUCUAUUUCAGAUAUUGCUCCUUGCCCAGCUUCUUCAGUUGACUCUUGAAAAUGUAAUUAAUUUCGUGCAGUGCUUUGAAAUGCAGAAGCAAAUUGUGUAUCAUACUGUUCAUACUUUUUUUUUUUAACUAUCUGAAAGCUUAUGGUAUUUAAUUUAGCGAUAGCUCUGUUUAUAGCUUUCUUGGUUAACCGAAACAUGGUUUAGCUUGAUUUCUGUUUCUCAACCAAUACUGGUACAAUGGUUUAUAUCAAGUGAGUUUUGCAGACUCAGUCUUAAAAAAGCACGUUGCUCUAAAAUUACUUAGACUGAAAAAAGAAUCAAAUUGUAAAAACAAGCAGAGGGGAAGUGCAUCUGUCAUCUAACAAGCUGAAAUAAAAUCAACUUUUGUGUUC